CCCCGGGACCCCGUAAGCGGUCCAGACAGCGUGUGUGUGUGUGUGUGUGUGUGCGCGGUUAUACUGUUUCUGUGCCUGUGCUGCCGUGACCUUCCCACGUUUCGUAAUGUAAGAAGACAAGGCACUUUGUUACAAAGUCUUUAGUUUCGUAAAGAACUGCAAUUUUAAUUUAGCUGCCAUCUCUGCACAAAGUUAAUGUCGCCGACUGUGUGAAUUUCAUUUCGAGAUGUUCGUUACUAAGGGAUUUUAGCGUAAAAAAAAAAAAUGCAUCAUUGAUUAAAGCCGUAGAAGAACGACUGGGCCUUUCGCAUUUUUACGUGAUGGAUUUUCUUAGAUCACCUCUUGCAAUAUUCGAUAUUUCACCGUACAGCGAUUUAGUCAUUUAUACAGCAAGCUUCUCCUGCGGAACUUUCACGCCACUGUCCGAACGAGAACCCUCCUCGCGCCACUGCGCGUGCUCCUGCUCUUGCUCCUCUUCCCUCAGGCUUACGGUAGGAAGGAGGUGGUCUCGCUGGGUCCCAUCGCUGUCUACGGAGUCGCGCAUGCGCGUGGGGCCGCAGGCGGCGGAUGCCACACUUCCAGGGUGAACUUCGCCUGCACCGCCGGCAGGAAUAUUCUGUCGUAUUUUGGGACGCGAGCGGCUGGCAGACGUGUCGCGUGACUGAGUCGGCGUCACGGGAGCGCGUGUUCGUCGGCGAUGUGCGCUUUUAAUCAUGGGGCCACCGAUAAGCAGUGAUCGCCGAGGGGGGGCCGCAGCCGUCCCGUUACAGCGCGGCGGAUAGUACUGACAUCUUCAAGCUUCACCUUCCCGCGUCGACAUGAUGAGCUACGGCGCGCCGGCGCACGCGCUGCUGCUGCUGCGCGCGUGCGACGAGGGCGACUACGAGAGCGCCAGGCGGAUCCUCGAGCCCGGGGCGAGCGACUGCGGCGGCGGCGGCAGCGCGCAGUGCCGCGGGGAGCGCGAGCCGGACGCGGCCGGGCCCGGGGCCCCGUCGCCCGUCCCCGUGGACUGCGCGGACGAGGAGGGCAACACGCCGCUGCAGUUCGCCGCGGCCGGCGGCCACGAGAAGCUCGCCCGCUUCCUGCUGCGCAAGGGCGCCUCCGUGGAUCGGCGCAAUCACUACGGCUGGAGCGCGCUCAUGCAGGCUGCGAGGUUUGGGCAUGUGAACGUCGCCCACAUCUUGCUGGAGAACGGCGCGGAGAUCAACGCCAAGAACAGGAUGGGAGCCAGCGUCCUGACGGUGGCGGCCAGAGGAGGCCACAUCAACAUGGUCAAGCUUCUGAUGGAGAGCGGUGCCUUCGUGGACGACUACGACCACCUGGACGUCCCCCAGGGCGACGACAACGGGAACAACAACAACGGCAACGGCCACCAGGGGCGGGAGCCGCUGGACAUCACGGCGCUGAUGGCGGCCGCCCAGCACGGGCACGAGGCGCUGGUGCGGCUGCUCCUGGAGUGGGGCGCCGACGUCAACGUGAGCCUGAAGACCACCGGCUGGAGCCCGCUCAUGCUGGCGGUGCUGAGCGGCAAAGUGGGCGUGGCCCAACAGUUGGUGGAGCGCGGCGCCGACCCGGACCGCCUCAACGUGCUCUCCAAGACGGCCUUUGAGAUCGCCCUGCAGCUCAAGCAGAAGGAGGUGAAAAACUACCUGGACUCGAUCACCACGGUGCGCCCACAGCCAGAUGAUGAGAAGAGGCGGCCAGAUGUCUUCAGUGCUCUAAAAUUAGGGAACUCUCAGCUGGUGAGAGAGAUCGUGGACGAGGACCCGGCCCAGGUGAACUCGGCCAACGCGGACGGCGCCUCGCCGCUGAUGAUCGCGGCCGUCAGCGGGCAGCUGGACGUGGUGCGUCUGCUGGUGGAGCGAAGCGCAGACGUGGACAAACAGGACGGCGUCCACGGCUGGACCGCCCUCAUGCAGGCCACCUACCACGGGAACAAAGAUGUUGUGAAGUACCUCUUGAGCCAGGGAGCCGACGUUAAUCUGCGAGCCAAAAACGGAUACACCGCGUUCGAUCUCGUCAUGCUGCUCAACGAUCCGGACACAGAGCUCGUCAGGCUGCUGGCCUCCGUGUGCAUGCAGGUGGACAAAGACAAGGGCAAGCCGAGGACAAGGACCACCCUCGCGCGCUCCAGGAGCCGGCAGUCUCUCAACGUCCCGGUCCCACCGGACGACAAAGGAGGCCUAAAGUCGUGGUGGAGCCGCAUGUCGAACCGGUUCCGGAGACUGAAGCUGACGCGCAGCCUGCGACACGGCCUGUCCGCCAACCGCCUGGCCCCCUUCCCGGACGACCCCGCCGGAGGCGCGGACCCGCUGGACUCGACCAUGAGGGCGGACCGGAGGAGCAGCGGGACCGGGGGCGCCUCGCCGCGGACCCCCAGCGUGGGCAGCAUCGACUUGAGCGCGGCGUGGGGCGCCAAGAACAAAGACAGCGGCCUUGGCAGAAGCAGCACGGAGAAAGAUGACUCUCUAAUAACUACAAUGCUUCGAAACGGCGCCCCCCUCACGAGGCUCCCCAACGACAAGCUGAAGGCGGUGAUCCCGCCCUUCCUCCCCCCGUCGAGCUUCGAGCCGUGGAACUCGGACCGCUCCCGCAUCCUCAAGGAGGGCAAGACGGAGGCGACGCGCCUGGCUAUGCCCCAGCGGCCCAGCAAGGGCAACUUCAACAGCAGCGGCAACUCGGACAUCACCUCCGUGAGCCGCGUGGUGACGCGCUCCAUUAAGUUCCCCAGCAUUACAAAGGGUCCCGCGUCUCCUUCAAACUCCGGCAACUUCAGCUACUCCCCUCAGUCCUCCGGGGGCUCCAACGGGGUGGCCGGGGUGGCCCGGCACGCCGCCGACCCCCACAACCGCUCGGGGGGCAGCGCGGACAACGUUCUCUCCCAGAUUGCGGCGCAGAGGAAGAAGGCCGCGGGCCUGCUCGAGCCGAAGCCGCAGCCCACCGAAACGGCCGCGGCCUCGACCCCUGACGUCGGCCUCCCCGACAUCCACCACGCUCCGAGCCUGGUGGCCGGCAACAUACGCUCCAGGAGGAAAGUCGACCUGAAGAAGAGGCCCCUGUCCGGGAACUCGUCGACCUCGAAGAGCACCUCGCCCACGCUGACCCCGUCCCCGUCCCCCACCCCCAAGCCCCCCGUCGGGGACUGUCCGUCCUCGACGUCCUCGCAGGCUCGCUCCAAGAGCAGCGGAGGCUCCAGCAGCGGAACCAUCACCGACGAGGACGAGUUGUCGAGCAUUCUGAAGAAACUCUCCCUGGAAAAAUACCAGCCCAUCUUUGAAGAACAGGAGGUGGACAUGGAGGCCUUCCUCACGCUGACCGAUGGCGACUUGAAGGAGCUGGGGAUCAAAACGGACGGGCCCCGGCAACAGAUUCUGGCAGCCAUUUCCGAGCUGAACGCCGGAAAGGGCAGGGAGAGGCAGAUUCUGCAGGAAACCAUGCACAACUUCCAGUCUUCGUUCGGGAGCAGCGCCAGUAACCCGCGUCCCCCCGGGUACCCCCGCUCUCCUGCAGGCUGGGUCAGACAACAAGCGCGCAGCACAAACAAAAGGUAGCAGCCGCGGACGAAAACGCGCGUGAAGAGCUGUCGGGACCACCGCGGGCGCAAAGAGGCCGCUUCCGUACCCCGUGGCACCUGCGGCCGGCCGCGCCGCCAGACGGGGCACAAAGUGGUGUGCUGCGGUCUCCUGGAGCGCGAUCGGCUACGGAGGAGCCUUCGUUGUCGACGGCACCGGGGGAGGAGGAGGAGCGUUGGCCUCUUCGGAGAGUCGAAUGAACUUUUUUAGUUUUUUUUUUUAUUUUAUUUUUUUUUAUUUUUUAAAACCCUUGCACCGCUUUGGGACGCCUGCUCGAGUGUGGAAAAGAAGACGGCGCAGUCCUGGGUCUCGGCCCCUGUGCCCUGGCCACGAAUCCGCUGCUCUAACGGAUUCUGUAACGGAUGCACGCCGAGAACCGAGAUCACCAAAGGCCUUCCUGGAAUUUUUAUUCACUCCCUCUUGAGUGAACCUGUCUUUAUAUACCGUAUAUUCCAACAAUGUAUUUAGAUAUAUUGAAUUUUAUUUCUGCCUUUUUGUCACUCUAGUUACUCACAGGUACGCUGUUUAGACAUGUUUAAGCAAAAUUAAAAAUGAUUGCCACGUGAUCAUUACGAAAUGUGAUUUAUGGUCCUCUCAUUAAACAUGUUAGAGAUAUUUGGAAAA